CUCGUAUGCAGUAUGGACUUUCGUGUAACCAUCCUCGGUGCAAACGGUGCCGGACAAUCGACACUCCUCAACCUCAUCACUGGCGUCCUACAACCCUCUCACGACACUAUUUCCAACCAUGCUGCGCUCAAACUUGCCAAGUACAGCCAACACAGUGCGGACCAGCUACCAUACGACAAAAGUCCGAUUGAUUACUUCCAAUCGCUUUUCACAAGAAGUACUCCGAGAAGGACGCUAUGGGGUGGAGGCAACAACUCGGCUGUUUGGCUCGAGCGGUGCGCACCAAAUGAGCAUCAUCAGCAAUUUGUCAGACAGGUCGAGAAACCGUUCGCGAUUGAACAUCCUCAUAUCCUACUUCUUGAUUUGUUCUAUUGUCACUCGUUUUCUGACAUUCUCUUCAUCAACGAUGAGACAGAUGAGCAGACGAACCAUUUGGAUAUCGAUGCGCUCGCGAUCGAGAACUUUGAACGUAGCGUGGUGAUCGUGUUACACGUCUUCCGUUUGCUCAUCCAAGUUGCUGAGGAGCUUUGGGAAGUAGCUGACAAGACGGUUCGCAAUCCAACGAAGGAAGAUAUCAGCAUUAUCGACUGCAAGAGGAAGUGUAUGAAGCACAGUGAGGCCCAAUUGGAAAAGGUCAAGCUCAUCAGCAAGAUCGCCUCGAUGUUUGACGGUUAA